ACCCAUCUCCCUCUAGCUAGAUUCCUCCCCAUCAUGGACCCACCACCGCUGUUACAACAACACCCAUCUCAGUUUUCUCAAAAUCCUUUUCCAGAAAUGGAUCAGAAAUUGUUGGGAAAUUUUGUGCCUAAAAUUGAGGUUGGUAGUAGCAGAAAUGAAAGAGGAAAUUAUGGGCAGCGGUUUGCGUUUCAGACGAGGAGCCAAGAGGAUAUACUUGAUGAUGGCUAUCGCUGGAGAAAAUAUGGCCAAAAAUCUCUCAAGAAUAGCACCUUCCCUCGAAGCUAUUACCGGUGCACACAUCACACGUGCAAUGUGAAGAAACAAGUAGAGAGGCUAAGCAAAGACAGCAGCAUUGUGAUGACAACCUACGAGGGAACUCACAACCAUCCAUCUGAGAAGCUCAUGCACUCUCUAACUCCUCUUCUUAAACAGUUUCAUUCCCUCACUUCUGCUAAUAACUUGCCUCUCUAAUAUACUACUACUAUCAUUUAACUAUUCUAAUUAUCUCUCUAUACCAUGUAAUUUCAACUUUAUUUCAAUGCAUUUAUUGAUUCCAAUUUGCUUAA